UACCAAUCUCACCGACGCCGACGGGGUGGCACCUGUUAAUUAUAUUUUAAACACAUUGUUUUCCGACUGUUCAAUAUUUUUAAAUGAUAAACAGGUUUCGUCACAAGUGAAUUAUUCUUAUAGAGCCCUUUUGGAAAGUUUGUUGUUCUAUUCCAAAUCAGGUCAAGAUAAUCUACUGAGUGCUGGCUUAUUUGCAAAAGAUACUGCAUCUAAGCAUGAUGUUGUGGGAGACGAAAACGAAGGUUAUACAACGCGUGCAAAUCGUUGCAAGCUUAGCCAAAGCCUCGACCUCGUGGGACCAUUGCACUUCGAUUUGGCCACUCAACCGAAAUUGUUAGUCAACGGGGUUAAUGUACGCAUUAAACUGGAAAGGCAUAAAGAUGUUUUCACUUUGAUGUCGGCAAACGACAAUUAUAAAAUUAGAAUUCAGCUAGCAAAACUAUACGUGAGAAAAGUCAGCGUGGCUCCCUCCAUCCUAAUAGCACACGAAAAGGCUUUAGAAAAAGGAGUUAUUAAGAUGCCCAUUCGUAGGAUUGACAUAAAAAGUUUUGCAAUAUCGAGCGGUUUGCAAUCGACAACUAUAGCAAACGCUUUUAUUGGUCAGCUACCCACACGUCUCAUUCUAGGUUUUGUAUCUAAUGCCGCCUAUAAUGGAAGCAUCAACAGAAAUCCUUUUAAAUUUCAUCACUAUAACCUAAACUACCUAUGCAUAUUAAAUGGGGGACAGAUGAUACCUUCCAAACCCUAUCAGCCCAAUUUCGAAAAAACAUUUUAUGGGCGAAGUUAUUUAAGCAUCUUUACAGAUUUAAAUCGAUAUCAUUCAAGCCCCAACAUUAAUAUCUCCUUUGAUGAAUACAAAGAUGGGUAUACAUUAUAUGCCGUUGAUUUGACUCCAGAUAUGGCAUCUAAUGAAAGCCACGUAAGCAUAAAUAAGAGCGGAAACAUAGCCAUUGAUAUCAAAUUUGCAGCGGCCUUGCCAGAAACAGUUACCCUGAUAGUCUAUGCUGAAUACAGGAACAUAAUUGAAAUAGACAAGUCACGCGGAGUCACGACAGAUUAUUAAAAAUCAUGGACGAAGUUUUGCAAAUAUACGGAAAUGAAAUUAUCGAACUAGCUAAGGAGGCGGGUGCAGGCGAGGAGGUAAUUCGAAGUAUAGGCGAUAUGAUGUUUUCCAAUAAAAUAGCGAACCUGCGCAUUGCAUUCUUUCUCGCUUUUGCCGAAAAAAUUAUUGAAAUUUUCCCAUCAAAGAAACAUCAAGUGUACGAAGAAGUGUUUAAAAGCAUAUACAGAAAUAUUCAUUUCGAACAAAGGCGGUAAUGGAUACUUUAACUCUGUGUCAAUAUGCCUGUGGCGACAGUCGAAUCAAAAAAACAUUUGGAGGUGUAUAUCCUUCCGAUUUCAUACCCUUACGAAAGAGACAUUACUCCUCAUUUAUAGUGAAUUCGGAUCCGCAUACUUUACCUGGGAGCCACUGGAUUUCGAUAUAUUUUAAGAAAAACAGCACGGCAUAUUACUUCGACAGUUAUGGUCUUGCUCCAUCUAACAAAAAUAUUUUAAACUUUUUAAUGACCAACGCUAACAAAACAUUUUAUAAUAAAAUAUGCUUUCAAGAUGAUACCAGUACAUCCUGCGGAAAAUUUGCUCUUUAUUUUUUAUUUUGUAUGGUAAGAGGGUACUCUUUGAAGGACCUCUGCACGAAAGAUAAGAAAAAAAAUGAAAUUUUUAUUAGGGAAUUUUUUAAAAAAAAAAAUUCAAACGUCGCCGCUGUUGUCAUGCUUUUCAUGCCAAGAAACAAAAUUGUGUGUCUUUGAUAAAUAUGCGUGUUAUUCCUGCAAAACAUCACUAACGCUUCAGAAGUCGACGAUGGAACGUUACGGCUAUUUGCACACUGGAAACUCCGAAAACAGUCCUGUUGAAGAAGUACACGUUGAAAAAAUUAAUCAUUUUUUCUUUAAAAACCUAAGCGACUGCAUUCGUAAUGCUCUUUACGAUGAAAACACUAGCGGGAAAGGAAAUCGUCAUUACCUGAAAAUUUUGAAGAAUGCCGAAGUGGUCAAGCAUAUUCAUAAAGCUGACCAUCAACCACAACAACAAUAUGGAUAUUGCUACUUAUACAUUCAAAAUGAACAAAUAGCUCUUUUUUCGGCAUGUAGUAAAUUAUAUAAUAGCAUGUUGGAUUGUGUUUCUUCGAAAAAAACUGAAUAUGAAAGUGAAUGUAUAAGAGAUGAAAGCUAUGUAAUUAAAAUUGCUUACUUUGUUAUUCUGAAUGAUGAUGCUAUUGUGCGAGAAUUACAUCGCACUUGUGUGUAACACAAACAAUUUGAUCAAUAAAAAGGAUUUUUUUUCUUUCAAA